AUGUCACAAAAUACUAAGACCUACAGAGAUGCAUUUGCCCUUUUCGAUAAGAAAGGUACCGGCAAAAUUCCUGUUGAGCAUUUGGGUGAUUUAUUAAGAUCAGUUGGUCAAAACCCAACUUUGGCCGAAAUAGCCGAUUUACAAAAGACUAUCAAGGGAAGUGAAUUUGAUUUUGAAACCUACCAAGAAAUCAUCAACAGACCAGACGGUUUCAAACCUUUGGGCUUACCUGAAGAUUACAUCAAGGGAUUCCAAGUAUUUGACAAAGAUCACACUGGUUACAUUGGUGUUGGAGAAUUGAGAUAUAUUUUAACUUCAAUAGGUGAAAAGUUGACUGACUCUGAAGUUGACGAGUUAUUAAAAGGGGUCAAUGUAACUUCAGAUGGAAAUGUGGAUUAUGUUGAAUUUGUCAAAUCAAUUUUAGACCAAUAG